AUGGAAACAGACGCCACCAAGCCUCUCAACGAGUUGUACACCGCAGCAGAUCGCAGUCGGCUGUUGGCCGAAGAAGACGAAGCGCAGCUUCCGCUUCAGCAUCCGGCCUGGCGGGACGAUUUCGACCGCGACUACGCGCGGGUGCUCCACUCGGCUUCGCUUCGGCGGCUGCGCAACAAAGCCCAGCUGUUUCCCGCCUCUGAGUCCGACGUGUUUCGCACCCGCCUGACCCACUCGUUCGAGGUGGCCCAGAUCGCGCAGGCCCUCGCCUGCCAAGCCAACAGUGGCCUGUCGCGGGGGCUGCUCAACAUGGCGGGACUGGCGCACGACAUUGGGCACCCGCCCUUCGGCCGAAACGGCGAGAGAGCAUUGAAUGAGUGGAUGCGCGAAGCGGGCGGGUUCGAGGGCAACGCCCAGACCCUCCGCGUCCUGGCCCGGCUCGAGAAGAAACGCAAGGGCUUUGGCCUCAACCUAACUUGCAGGGCGCUGGCGGCCAUCAUCAAGAAGGACCAGGAGCUGGGCGAGCUGGCUGAAGACGGCACGCGGGUCAAGAAGGGCUACUACCACUCCGAGAGGAAGAUCGUGCGCCACGUCAGACAACAGGUGCUCGGCAAACACGCACUGCCCGGAUCCCUCAGAACCAUUGAGUGCUCGAUCAUGGACGCGGCUGACGACAUUGCGUUCUCGACCUCCGAUCUGGAGGACUCACUCAAGGGCGGCUUCAUGAGCGUGAUGGACAUGCUGGCCUGCAGUCACCAACUGGCCGCGCAGGUGGCGCAGAAGAUCAGGAGCGACCCCGAGGCCCACCAAUUGGCCGACUUCACCGUGGCCGACGUACGGCGAGUGCUGCGGGACAUCGCCGCAAUGGGCCUGGCCCAUGUUUCAGCCAAAAAGCCCACCAACGGGAAAAUUGCGCCGGGCAAAGCCUUCGACGAUAGGUCCAGCGAUGAGGAGGAGAGCAGUGACGACAGCCAGAGAAAGAAGAGGAAUGCCAAGAAGCUGGCCGAGAACGCGCGCUACCGCACGGCGUUCACGUCGGAGCUGGUCAAGACUCUCAUGGCCGGCGUGUCGAUCGUGCCCCGCGAGCCGGCCUGCCUGAGCGAGGUGGCCUGGGACCGCGUGGCGCUCGAGCGGGUGAUGGUGCUCAAGCACUUCACCUUCUUCUUCGUCAUCAAGACCCCGGUCCUGCAGGCCUUCGAGACCAACGGCCGUCACGUGGUCAGCGAGCUCUGCCGGCUGCUGUGGGCCGACCCCGAAGGCAACAAGCUACCGCCGGACUGCCGGGCGCGCUUCACCAAGAAGAUGGUGAAGGUGUCGGCGGCCAAGGCCGAGCUGGCGGCGCUACUCGAUGCGGAGAAUGUGAGGAAUGAUGGUGAUGGUGAUGCGGUGCUCCUGAAGAGGAGAGAAGAGCUGCAGAAGAGGGUGAGGAGGUGGGAAGCGAGGGCGAAGCGCGACAUCUGCGACUUUGUGGCCGGCAUGACGGACAACUACGCCGUCGAGUUCUACGGCCGCCUGACCUCCCUCACGCCAACCACCAUCCACAAGAAGCCCUGA